AUGGCACCUGCGCGCAUCGAUAUUGCAAGUGCUGAAGACGAGCUGAGUCGUAGACGAGAGAGAGGCCGUCGUUCACAGGCUGCCUUUCGCAAACGCCAAGCUCACGCCGCUCAAACUUUGUCAGAUCAGAAUCGUCGUCUCAUAGAGGGAGUUCAGAAAGCUGUUGAUGCAGUGCACGGCGAUGAGCGAAAAGAAAUUCUCGACGCCAUCGCCAACUUGGCCAAUAUUGCUGGCCUCGAAACCAAAGACAGCCCGUUGCAAGACACAGUGCCACUUUCGGGAGAGGAGGAUAUCACAGUCGAUGUCUUGAGUGGUAAUUUCACUCACAACGCCAAGAGUUCAACUGGUACUUUCACGCAAGUCUCCAACCCGACACCACAACGUCUUGAUUGCGGCAUAUGGCUCGACCCAAUGCAUUACAGACGCGUCUCACUCCCACCGCAAGAUAUCAUACCCUACCUAGGGCCCGGUUCAAAGACCUUUGCUGGCCUGCUCUUUUGGUCUGUAAUGGACCACAGUCUGAACGGUUGCAAGCAUCCACAUGCAGAAGCCUCCACGGUUAUCAAGACCGGGCUGGGCCAUUCGACAGCAACCCAGGACGUCAAGAUGUCUUUUAUCAGACGCAUGGUUGAGGCAAGAUUGGAGUUCAAGAAAACUGGUUCCAUUAGCGCAGAGCAUGCCUCUGCGGCAGAAAACGACCUAGGCAUGGUCUUGCGUAACCUUGUUGAAACCGAUUAUCGGGCCAGGGGGAAGGACCCCGACCUGUGGCUAUCCUGUGUCGCCAUCGAACAGCGCGUGAGGAGUAUUGCUGGUAACAGUGCAUUUCUUGUUCUUGAGAAGGCAGCGCGAGACGAGGGCGAGAGCGACUUGCGAGAGGCACUGAGCCGGGUAAAAUGCAGGCUGUCCGACACAGGGGUUUGCUUUGGGGAUGGGCCUCGUUGGAAUGUCGAUGUGGUUGAUGGUUUGUUCCUCGAUCCUAUUCUUCAGGCGAUGGGGAAGAUUUAA